CGCCCAGUGACGACUAAUACAAAAAAACAGCGGCGACGAGUUCUGUUCUUCGUCCGCCGUCGAGUCGUGUUUGUUUUUCAGCACUGAACUUUCUCAACUAGAAUGGCGACCACCAGGAGCAGUGAUGCUCAUAGACUUGCCCUUCAGUCCUUCCUCUCCCGGGGAGUGAUGUCCUCCGCAGAGGUGAACGAACUACACAAGUUUGCUUGCGAGACAUUUGAUGUGAAUUAUGAAGCUACAAAGGAGUGUCUUCGCAACUUCUUGGAGGCCAUCAACACCAACAUCAACAGUUUAGGAAUGGAGAUAAGGUCCAAGAAAGAUGAAGAAACGGGGAAGCUGAUGUUUGCUCUGGUUAGGACUACCGAGUCGGAGCUUGGGAGGCUGUCAUCGGACUACCAAAAGAAUGACCUUGAACUCUUCAAGAAAAUACUCGAUCUGAUCGUUGAGUCUGACACAGGUAUGGCCUCCUCCACCGAUGUCUUGAAUCUUACGAGCCAUAUCAAAGAGAAAAUAUCCAAAGAAGAAGCUCAGAGCAUCCUUAGAAGACUGAUCAAAGAGAAAUGGCUGACUGAGAGUCAGGGUGAGAUUUCGUUAGCCCCCCGCGCCAUCAUGGAGCUAGAGCACUACCUUACAGAUGUCUACGAAGAGGAUAUCAGACACUGUCAUCUCUGCAAAGAAAUCGUUCUCAAGGGUCAGAUAUGUUCCUGCGGUCUGAAACUUCAUAAUUUCUGUGCAGCUCGACUCUUCAGAGGGGGAGGCGAUCUCAAAUGCCCCAAGUGUCAAGAAAGUUGGGACUAUGAUAUAUUGCCAGACAACAGAGAUGCUCCUAGUAGUUCUUCAGCUGUAACAACAGGACGGAAGAGGAAAGAUCGGAACUGAGUUGUGUCCCCCCUCCCCCCCCCCAGGUCAACAAAACCCAGACUGCGCCUCAUGUGUUUAAACUGGUAUUUGGCUAGCGGACAUUUGUUAAGGGAGACCGCUGCUCUAAUUUUGUGACUCUGCCUUUGUUCAAGCCUGACAAACCAGCAAUUAAUGUAGCAGAAAAAUGCAGAGUCAAUUUAAGCCUAUGGACCCAUUUCAAGGCGAGCGGCGCAUUUACAUGCACAUGCGUCUACCCUGAUUCUCAUUUAGUCAACACUGGUGUGUGACUUAAAUUUAUUUACAACUGAGCUACAAAGGUGCAAACUGAGCUUUUUUAUAAAUUGUCUCCUUUUUUUUUAUAAAUUCACUCUUUCAGAAGGAAAAUUGCGUUCCAAUUGUAUCACAAUCGUCUCAUAAAGUUUUAGAAUGUUGAUGCACACAAAUCUGUGUAACAAGGGUGUUUUUUCUUUGAUAUUCUCUUGCAACUACGAUGUUGGGAUACACCAAGUGAGAAUAAUGGUAUUUGUCAAUUAACAAACGUGUCCAGUGCCUUUAAACAUUUUAUAUGUUGAGAAAUACUUCCCCUAUAUAGGUCAUGAUUAGGCAUUUUUUUGAAAGCUCUUCUUAUAUAUUUUAUGAGCAAAUGAACCCAAUAAUGAGUUUUGGCAGGAAGAGUCUGGUUUUCGGGCGGGGUGUCUUUUAAUAAAAUGUACAUAUUUUAUAUACUUUUGUAUCUUGUAUUUAUGUUACCCUAGACAGUGAGCAAGUUCGAUUGCCCACAAUCAGUCAACCCGUGAUUGACCACUGACAAGCAAUGUAUAUGCAGUCACUCGGACGACUCGACUGAAAGCCUAGCUAGUCAACCAUCUGUACCAUGGAAUUAAGCACUUCAUUGCCUUCCACCUUUUCGCUAUAGUGUCACUGGUUCCCUUCUGCGCCUUACACAUGUUAGCAAUGAACAGACUAUCGGGGACCAGUGAGGGAACCAUGGUCAUGAGGCUGGUUCCAAAUGGUCCACCACAGUAGUCGACCAAUGGUCGACCAGCCUGGGUUCGAGUCAAAA